GGUUUUUUUUUUCUUUUUCCGGGCAUUUAUUGGUGUAAUCCCGCUCCAGAAUGGAAUACCGGUUUGCGCUUCUUUUAAUGGGAAUAUUUGCCUUCUCGGACUCCGCGAGAGGCCCCCCACGCAUUUCGGAUAAAGUCAUUCACCGGCAAACCGUGAGGUUGGGGAGGACCAUCAAGCUCCUGUGUCCCGUUGAAGGCGACCCACCUCCUCUGACCGUGUGGGUGAAAGACGGCCGAACCAUUCACGCUGGCUGGACUAGGUUCAGGGCUUACCAGCAAGGGAUGAAAAUUAGAGAUGUGGAAAGCGAAGACGCGGGAACUUAUAUCUGCCAGGCUACCAACGGGUUCGGAAGCAUCAGCGUGAAUUACACCCUAAUUGUUAUCGAUGACGCUAGUGCCGGGAAAACGAACCAACCACCUGACGGACCCAAUACCGAUUUAGAAGACGUUUCUGGCAAGCAGUGGGCCCGACCCCGCUUUACUCAGCCGGCAAAAAUGAGGAAAAGGGUAAUCGCGCGGCCGGUGGGAAGCUCCGUGCGCUUAAAGUGCAUCGCGAGCGGAAAUCCCAGGCCGGACAUCAUGUGGCUGAAAGACAGCAAACCGCUAAACUCUCAGGAUAACGGAGAGAACAAAAAAAAGAAGUGGACGCUCAACCUAAAAAGUCUCAAACCGGAGGACAGUGGGAAAUACACCUGCCAGGUGUUCAACAGAGUGGGGCAGAUUAACGCAACGUACAAAGUGGAAGUCAUCCAGAGAACGAGAUCAAAGCCGAUCCUGACGGGCAACCAUCCCGUCAACACCACCGUGGACUUUGGUGGGACGACGUCCUUCCAGUGUAAAGUGCGCAGUGACGUCAAGCCUGUUAUUCAGUGGUUAAAGAGAGUGGAGUACGGCUUGGAGAACAAGUACAACUCGACCAUCGAUGUCGGAGGGCAAAAGUUUAUCGUGCUGCCAACGGGAGAAGUUUGGUCACGGCCAGACGGAUCCUACUUGAAUAAACUCAUCAUCACCAGGGCCAAGGAAGACGAUGCCGGCAUGUACAUCUGUCUUGGGGCGAACACGAUGGGAUAUAGUUUCAAAAGUGCCUUUUUAACAGUAUUGCCAGAUCCAAAGCCUCCUAUCGCCACCGCAACGUCUUCUCCCAGCAGUCUUCCGUGGCCGGUAAUUAUCGGUAUUCCCGCUGGAGCGGUUUUUAUAUUUGGGACAAUCCUCUUGUGGCUUUGCCAGACCAAGAAGAAACCUUGGUCGCCUCCGGCCGCAGCAGCCGUCCAUAGACCACCCCCGAGGGUCUGUGUUCCGCAGAUACCAGACAAAGACUGCAUGUCCUCCAUAAACUAUGAAGAUUAUGUUGCCCAACAGCAACAUUUACUCCCGCAAGGACCUGUUUUGGCACCGGGAGUGGCUUCAAAAAUGUACCCAAAGAUUUACACUGAUAUCCACACGCACACGCAUUCUCACGUCGAGGGCAAAAUACACCAACACCAGCACAUCCAUUAUCAAUGCUAAGUACUAGCCAUACCGAAAGGACUUGCUUUCGUCAUCGGUACCUCAGAAAGACUGCUUGGUUCAGCUUACACUGCCAGUGCAUACGGAUGAAAGAAUAUUUUUAUUAAUGCAAAUAACUAUAUGACUUAAAGCAAACAAAAAAAAUGAAGGAUAAGAAUAAACCCUGGAAAAUUUCAGGGCUGUUGUUUUUGGUUUGUGUGUGGUUUCAGCGGUGUUCGGGGCAAAAAGCACUGUUCUUCUUCCUGUCGAAAAAAAAGAUGGCCGCCCUCGUAUAAACAGUGCCUUAAUUUGCUCGUUUUUUUUGUCGGACCGGAAUAGUUGAAAUUUUCAGUGGUUUACCGAAAAAAAAACACCUGGAAAGUGGAAUACGGAGAACAAAUAUUUAUGAAGAGAGAUCACAUUCGAAAUAAGCUAUAGCAUGUUUGUUCCGAGAGCGGGAAAUCUCCACACCGGAAUCUUUUGGGCGGAACGAUUCCUUUCUUAAAAGUGCCUGCGUCUUUGUAGGAAUCCUAGCAAAGACACGGAGAAACAACACACUGAAGAGAACUCAUGGAUUUCAUAUUUAUAGUAACUUUUCGUUCUUCCCAUCGAAUAAAAAACAAACAA